CGAUCUAGACCAGUUCGAUCGGCACUUUCCAGAGGAACGUUUCGCGAAGAAUCGCCAACUUUUUCGUCGGUCUCUCCGGAAAAACAGCCCGUAAUCCGACAAUUCCGGUCCGGUUUUCGUUCCGUGCGCGCAAGUGACGUAAGAGAUGGCAUCGUUAGUGCACAGUGUCCGCGGGCUGGUCUGCCGGAACUCGCAGCUUUUCCGUUCGCUCGCCAUCCGCACCGUCUCGUCGUCGUCGUCGUCUUCGAUCCUGCCCCAGCAAAAGAGCUGUAAUCAGAGGAUUCUGCCCCAGUCGCAGCAGCUUCUGUCAAACUUUGAGCAAACCGGCCGUUGGCAACUGGCCAUCACCAGAAGCUACAGCGCCAAGGAACCGCUGACGCUGCAGCUGAUCAAGGAGCGCGUGCUGCUGGUGCUCAAGCUUUACGACAAGGUCAACCCGGAGAAGCUGUCCCUGGAGUCGCAUUUCAUCAACGAUCUGGGCCUGGACUCGCUGGACCACGUCGAGGUGAUCAUGGCGAUGGAGGAUGAGUUCGGGUUUGAAAUUCCGGACGGCGACGCGGAGAAGCUGUUCAAACCGGCCGACAUUGUGCAGUACAUUGCCGACAAGGAGGACAUCUACGAGUAAGUCUACGCUUCUUCUUCACUGCGCUGCAUCGAGUUUGCUUGAGACAGAUAAACAAAAUAAAAAUACGGCAAGAGCAUACUCUCACUUUGUAGAUUUUAGUUUAAACAAGGAAUGAAAGAAAGGAAUAAAAUUUCGAUUUAACACAGUA